AUGAGUAAUGAAAACUCUUGGAAAUCCGUUCAAAAUAAGCCAAGAAGCGGAAGAAAGCAACAGCAACAACAAUCUCCUACCACUACCCCUGCAACAACCACCACUACUACUACCAAUUCUAAUAGUAACACAUCCGGUGCUUCCAUCUCCUCCAAUAAUAUCAAUAUUUCAUCUCCAACUAAUCCUACUACUUCCACUAGUUUAAAUCAUUCACAAACAAUAACAAAUUCACCAUCUGUAGCCUUGGGUGGAAAUCAACAAAAUAAUGCUACAACAUCAAAUACUUCAUCAGCAAAGAAAAAGACAAAUAAUGUAGAAACAAAUGAAAAGGUUCAUCCUCUUGGUGAUACUUUCACAUUUUCAUAUUUCAGAAAGGAAAAGGGUAUUGAUUAUGAAGAUUGUAUGAAAAAUGUUGGUGAUUUUUCAACUGUAGAGCAAUUCUGGGCACUUUACACUCACAUGAAGAGACCGUAUGAACUUAAAGUUUCUAUGGAUUAUCAUCUUUUUAAACAAGGCAUUAAACCAAUGUGGGAAGAUGAUAAAAACAAAACUGGUGGAAGAUUAAUGUUAAGAUGUAAGAGUGGCUACUCUGCUCGUAUUUGGGAGGAUUUACUUUUGGCAUUCAUUGGACAACAAUUCAAGAAUACUAAUGAUGUUAAUGGAGUUGUGAUUUCCAUCAGAGAAAACCAUGACAUUAUUUCUAUCUGGAAUGCAGAUGGAGAAAAGGAAGAAAUUCAAGAAGCAUUAAAACAAGACGCUAUGAAGUUAUUGAAUUUACCUUCACAAACUAAAUUGGAAUACAAACCACAUCAAGAAUCAAUCAAUAAUCACACUAAGAUGUUAGAAAUGAUAGGAAAUAAUGCCACAAGUCAAGGUUUUGAUGAAGAUGCAGUGACUGAAUUAGAUCAAGAACUUGAAGUCUAUUUGAAACGAUAA